AUGGCGAGCGGCGGAGCGUCUGGCACGGGAGCACCAACGAAGCAAAAGUCCAAGGCCUAUUUGUCCAGUGUAGCCAUCCAAAGCGAUGCUAUUAAAUAUCGGCAGAAAUACAAGGAGCUGAAACGUAAAGUGCACGAAAUCGAGCAGGAAAAUGAUAAACUCCAGGCAUUUUCACUCCGGAUAAAGAACAAUAUCCAUCGUCUGAGAAUUGAGAGAGCUAUCCUUUAUGAGCGUCUCGAAGCUGACGCUAGCAAGGCGACCAUUGUUGAGCACGAACCCAAUGCGCAUAUGGAUCCAGUUCGUGACGCUGCAGAUACCUCUACAAAAGAACAAAAGUCUAUGGCUCCUAUGUCCAGUCCUUCCAAGGAAGAACAUGAUUCACUGGUGGUGGAGCUGGAUGAUGCCAUUUGA